AUGAACAGUGGAGCGCAGCUGCAUUAUGAUGCACGGCGUCCGGGACGAAAAUCACGCACAUUUUCAGCCUCUGUGACAUUGGACGGCUUGGUGACUCUAAAUCACGCGGCUCCUCGACCUGAAAAAGAAGCUGCAAACAACGGUGUUACUGGGAAACUUCCGAAUGACUUCAGAUCGAAUGGUCAUGGUGCUUUCAAUGGGAAUCAACUGUAUCGUGCCAAUGGGGUGAAGCAGAAUGAUGUGAAGGGGAUACAUCGCAAUCUUUCUAAUCAACGGAACAUUACGAGUGAAUGGCGGAAGUCUGUAAAAAAAACCAAUCCUUCCAAUCACAGUGGAAGCACUCAGAGCUCCAACAGCAGUGAAAGGUCGUCACCACAAACAGGUCAAGCGACUAGAGGACGUUCCAUUGAGGCGAAAGCAACCACGGACAUCAAAGAGUUAUCUAGUCCUCCAACAAAAUCCACUGCUGCCAAACACAGCGGACACAGAUCCCCUAUUUCACGAAGUGAAGUAUUCAUAGAACAAGUGAAGGCUGAUCCAAAUCCGACGAUAAGGACCCUAGUAAAAAUUGAGCCCACCACUGCUACAUCUCCGAUCAAGCCCAAUAGUCUACAAAAUGAUCCAACAAGUGCUGAUUCAGCGACAGAGGACAUGACGACAUCAAUCCCAGUCAAAAGUCCGCCCACCACGACCGAUUCAGUUCCGACUAAGCCAGCUAGUCAGCAAAAUGUACCACAAAUUGGCGGUUCAGCAACGACGGACUUGACAACAGGAAUCCAGAUCAAAACUAAGUCCACCUCCAGUGGAGUUGCUUCGAAGCCCACCAGUCCGCAACAUGAACUAGCAACUGGUGAUUCAGCAACAACGUACUCGCAAAGUGUCGACAGUAUUGACCUUUCCAUCACCAGUGGAGUUGCAUCGAAGCCCACCAGCCCGCAACAUGAACUAGCAACUGGUGAUUCAUCAACAACGGACUCACAAAGUGUCGAGAGUAUUGACCUUUCCAUGACCAGCCUAGUUGCAGCGAAGCCCACUAAUGGACCAACAACUGGUGAUUCAGCAAGUGUCGAGAGUAUUGACCUUAUUUCCAUCAGUCAUCGAACGAAAACAAGCCGACCUAAAAGUGAUCAUAGUCCAACACGUCGGACUGGGAAUCGGACUCCCACGGGCAAACCCAAAGGCUUUUGCACCCCAGUGCAAAUGAGUAAUCUAUUGGUCGUCAAUCAAAUGAACUCUGAUAAUGAUCCUUCGGAAUCCAAUCAUGAUGAUGACGAUCUUCGAAUCUUGCAGAACGCGGACGGUCUCAAAAACUCGCAUAGCGGGAGCGGUGAUAGCAUGUCGACUCGGAGGAGUAGUAUGGGUGGAAGCCAGCGCAGCUUUAGUUUCCUGGUAACAACGCCAAGCAUUCCAGAAGAGAAAGCAGUCAUCAAACCUGAUAAAGCCUUUAUGAAUUCUUCCAAUAUGAGCGUAAUUUCGGAUGCGGAAUCAAAGGUGUCACGAAUGUCACGAAUGACUAUUGAUCCAAGGAUUACCAGUGAUAGACGAGCUUCGUUUCGGAUGACUCGAGAAGUGAACAGUUUCUACGAACCAACGACCAACCUCGAAGACGCGAAACGUACUAUGCUGAUCAACCCGUCCGUCAUUCAAGCCUCGUUGGUGGGUGGAAGGAAAUUGCCCAAACCAUACAAAUUCAAGUCCAAAAAGCAAAAGGCCAAAGAGAAGCGAAAACUGGAAAAACAGGAAGCGAAGAGACGAGCAAUACGAGCUCGCAGAUAUGCAGAAGCAGAAGAUAUGCAACCUUUGUCUGUAUCCUUUCCAAUUUUGACGCGACCUCAAGACGUCUUCAUUCAUUCUCGUGGGAAAAUGGGAGCUGGAAGAACUGAAGUGAUGAUCACCACCGAAGAUCCAGAGGACUUGGUCGCAACUCUUAGCUAUACCGAACUCCUGCCAAGUGACAAGGGACGCAGAUUGGCCUCCGGGAGACGAGUGCUCCGGGAUGCUGCCGGCAAUCAAUGUGCACUGAUAUUGCAUUCACGAAGUAUUGAAGGAAGAAAUACCUUUCGCAUUUGUGGUCCAGUGCCCAUGAACAGUCUGCACAAGAGUGUCGAGGGAUAUUUCGUUUGGGCCGAAGUGAAGAAUAUUGGAGAACUCUCAUCCCAGUUUUGCAUGACGCUAAAAAGAGAUGCUGAUCCUCAGGGCCAAUCGAUACGCUUCAAGACCAAAAAUGUUGGAUCCAAUUUGCUCAGCUGCAUCGGCUCGGAGGCUCAUGGCUUUUCGAUUUACCGCAAGAAGGAAGACGGAACCAAGACUGAGGGGUGUGCCAAGAUAUCCUACUACCAUGCAAGCCGAGGAUUGACAGUGAGCCCCAAUUUGGACCUUGGAUUGAUGCUAUGUUAUGCAUUGGUGAUCGAUGAAAUGGUGUCGAAUCGACUGCGGUGA